AUGGUCAACGGUAUUGUCGUUUUGCUCCUCUGCGGACUGGGACUUAUCAGUGCCCAUCAGUCAAGGGACGAACUCCAGAUGGUCUAUCACCGUCUAAGCGUGCUCAAGGCUGUAUCACCGAGGAAUAUUGACUAUAAUAAUAUAGACACCCAAGCCAUUGGUACGGAUGAUUCGCAAUGUCUGGCAGAUAUGACGGAGCUUUAUAAUGGACUUCAAUCGGGCAGUUACUGGGCACUCAAAAUGCUCGAUUCUUGGGGUUCCUUUCCCUCGGGCCUGCUUUAUGGAACAUUUUAUGAUCUGGGAAAUUUCGAUGAGUGCCUUAACAUCCAUGAAGAGAUCAGCAGCAGCCAAACGAUCCAGGGAAAGUACUGUUUCCUGGCAGUGCCUUUAAAGGAAGUGCUGGACACCGGUAUUGAAUCCUUGGAAAGCAUGCAGAUCAAGAUCGCCACUUGUUUUCCGGCCUCCUGCUCGGCAACUCAAAUGAAAAUGUUUGGAGGACAACUGUAUCAAAACUUAUUCAACUCCACCAAAAGUAUAGAUAUCAGCAUUGAUGAAGACGGUUGCCAAACGAGCAAUUCUGAGCCCUGGGAUGGCCUGACCAUUUUCACAGUUGUAUUACUCUCAGUGCUAACAUUAAUUGUGACUUUGAGCACUUUGUACGACUACUUUCUGUGUAACGAUCAGAAACAACUUCCAGCCUUGGUGAAAAUCAUUUCGGCUAGGGCCAACUCCCGAGCCCUUUUCGGCCUCGUGGUUGGCAGUUCCAAUCCGAAUGUAAUUGACUGUCUUCAUGGCAUUCGCUGCAUGUCCCUCAUUUGGGUGGUUUUCCUCCAUGAGCACAUGUAUUCGCUGAUAUCGCCAAACAUCAACUUUACUUAUGCGCUUUCGUGGCUUGAGAAACCUGUUUCAAGCUUUUUUGUCCACGGUUAUUUCUCUGUGGAUUCGUUUUUAUUUCUUGGAGGCCUACUAGUAUCCAUGACUGCCCUGCGCACAAUGGAAAAGACUAAGGGCAAACUAAAUGUCCCGAUGAUGUAUGUACAUCGUAUUAUUCGCAUCCUUCCCGUCUUAGCCAUGGCCAUUCUGAUCUAUGUGAAACUUAUGCCGGUUUUGAGUGGAGGACCCCUUUUCAAAAGUGGAUUCCAUGGCAAAGAGGAAUGUGUGAAAGGCUGGUACUGGGACCUAUUGUUCGUCCAGAAUUACGUUUCGAAAAGUUGUCUCGAUCAAUCGUGGUAUCUUGCGGUGGACAUGCAGCUGUAUAUCCUGUCGCCACUUCUCCUAAUUGCACUCUAUAAAUGGGGCAAGAAGGCGGCUGCCGGCAUUAUUGUACUUGUGGUAUUACUUUCUGGUUGCCUGUUUGCCACCCAGAUGGUCAAUCAUUACUCAAUGAGUAUAAAAAAUGGUGGUGGUGAUGAUGAGGCCAAUCGAAAGCUUUACCUGGCCACGCACACACAUGCUGCCCCUUGGCUGAUUGGAUUCCUGUUCGGCUACUUCCUGCACCUGAAUCGUGGCAAGAAGUUCCAGAUGAGCCGGCUGGUAGUAUGGUCAGGAUGGAUCCUCAGCUUGGCCAUGAUCUUUACCUCGAUCUUUGCUCUAUAUCCAUCCGGAAAGUGGAGUGCUCCUGCGCUGCCCACUGUGGAGGAAUCUCUUUACUACACUCUCACCCGAUUAGGUUGGCCUUUGGCCAUGUGCUGGGUGGUUUUCGCCUGUAUGCAGGGCUAUGGUAGCCUGGCCAACAGUUUCCUAUCGUCGCCUUUGUGGCAACCACUCUCCAGGCUCUCCUACUCCGUCUUCAUCUGGCACAUGUUCGUCCAGGAGGUGAACAGCAGGAAUGUGAGGACCAGCACUUACUUUUCGACUUACACUGUGAUGCUUAACUUCUGGUCAGAUUUUGGUAUUAGCCUGGUUAUGUCCUAUUUCUUGUAUCUUAUAAUUGAGGCUCCAAUUGGUGGACUAGAUGCCCUUUGGAGACCCACAGGAAAUGCGAAGCCUCCAGCUGUCACACAACCAAUACUGACUUCAGUUGUGGAGCAUAAAACUAAUGCCGAUGAAACCGAAAAUCAGCUUGCUGACACCCCCAAUCGAAAGCGAAUUAGAAUGGUGAACGUUGUUAGUAUUCUAUUGCUCUUUGAGUUGGCCAUUACUAUUGCUUCGGAGUCAAGUGAUCCUGAUAUCCUACGAAACUACGGAUAUGUGAAGAAGCUGAAGCCGCUAGGACUGGAAUUUACUGAGUACUUCCAAAAUGUUACUCUGGAGAGAUUGGGAGUAUCCGACUCUGAGGUUCCUAACCAGAAGGAUCUUCAAUGUCUGACGGAUAUGGCAGCAUUAAUGAAUGGCUUUUCAACCAACCAGUAUUGGGCAUUAAAGAUGAUCGAUUCAUGGGGUUCCAUUCCAUCUGGAAUCUUGACUGGAAAUACCUUCGACUUGGGAUACUUUGAUGAAUGCCUGUCGAUUAAUAAAGUUAUUAGUAGCACUCAGAAAAUAAGUGGAAAGUAUUGUUUUCUUAUUGCCAACAGCAUGAGAAUCGCCACUUGCUUCCCGGCUUCAUGUUCGUCCACUCAAAUGGAUAUUUUUGUGGAACAACUUUUGCAAAAAUUUCUCAACUUUAAUAGCUCCAGUUUAAGUAUGAAGAUCAGUGAAGCAAGUUGCCAGACAAGUGAUGGUGAACCUUGGGAUGGACUGACUAUUUUCACCAUAGUGCUUCUAUCCGUGAUGGGUGGUCUUGUGACAGUGUUUACAUUUUAUGACUACUUUCUGUGCAAGGAUCAAGAUCAAGUUCCAGCUCUGGUAAAGGCUUUCUCCGCUCGGGCCAACUCCCGAUCCCUUUUCCGAAUCGUGCCAAGCAAAUCAAACCCCAAUGUGAUUGAGUGUCUUAAUGGCAUCCGCUGCAUGUCAUUAAUUUGGGUUAUCUUCUCCCACGAAUUCAUCUUCACUUUGAAAGCACCUAAUCUAAAUACGGCUGAAUUAUUUUCGUGGGCUGGGGAACCGUUUGCCAGUUUUGUGGUGCAUGGAUACUUCUCAGUGGACUCAUUCUUCGUCCUUGGAGGCUUACUAGUCUCGAUGAUUGCUCUGCGUUCUAUGGAUAAAUCUGGUGGAAAACUUAACCCGCUGAUGAUGUAUCUGCAUCGCAUUAUUCGUAUCUUACCAGUCGUGGCUAUUGCCAUACUUAUCUAUACUACCAUGAUGCCCGUUGUCAGUGGUGGACCAAUGUUCAAAAGUGGAUACCACGGCAAAGAGUAUUGUGAGAAAGGAUGGUUCUGGACCUUGCUCUUCGUCCAGAACUACGCAGUCUUGGACAUUUGUCUCGAUCACACUUGGUACUUGGCUGUGGACAUGCAAUUGUAUAUCAUCUCCCCGAUCCUCUUACUUUCUAUAUAUAAAUGGGGCAAGAAAGCGGCUUCCGGUAUUGCAGUACUUGUGGUUUUGCUCUCGGGCUGCCUUUUUGCCACUCAGAUGGUAAACCACUACUCGUUGCUCAUUAAAAAUACCUCUGACGAUGAUGGGGUUCCCAACAAGAAGUUGUACUUGGCCACGCAUACUCACGCUGCUCCUUGGCUAAUUGGAUUCCUGUUUGGUUAUUUCCUGCACCUGAAUCGGGGCAAGAAAUUCCAGUUGAGCUGGCUAGCUGUGUGGUCGGGAUGGAUCCUCAGUCUGGCAAUGCUCUUCACCUCGAUUUUCGCCCUUUAUCCGGCGGCAAAGUGGACUGCUCCGCCUCUGUCUACACUGGAGGAAUCCCUAUACUAUACCCUCACCCGAUUGGCUUGGCCAAUGGCUAUUUGCUGGGUGAUUUUCGCCUGCAUGCAGGGUUACGGUGGUCUGGCCAACAGUUUCCUAUCCACACCCUUGUGGCAGCCACUUUCUAGACUCUCCUACUCCGUGUAUAUUUGGCACAUGUUCGUCCAAGAAGUGAACAGCAGAAAUGUCAGGACGAACACACAUUUCUCCACAUACUCUAUGAUGGAACAUUUCUGGUUCGAUUUGGGCUUCACUGUGUUGAUGUCCUACCUGUUGUAUCUUAUCAUCGAAGCGCCUUUGUGUGGAUUUGACAGUCUUCUACGACCACGAGGGAUCUCUCCUGUUGCUAGUCAACCAAAACUUAUUUCAAAUCAGAAUAACGACUUAGAGACCAUAAAGUCAGAUGAUCUAAGCGUGCCCGAAACAAAACCGCUUGAAAAUUCUACCUAAUCUUAAUAAUUCGUUAAUAAAUGUGCACAAGUAUGCACUUUAAAUAUUUUAUAA